CGAUCAUUUUAUCCGUGCUUUUUGUUUGAACGGUGUGGCGUGUUUUUUACGUUGCAGCCACCAAAACGUCACGUCACCCUAUGCGAAGACUUUUACUUUGAAACACCCGCAGCGGUGGUCGGUGCGGGAGCGGCUGAGCCUUUAAGUGCGGCUGCUUGCUCGUCCUCCCCUGCAUUAUAGUGCUGCAGCUGCGCGCGCACACACACACACGCAGGCUCUCUGCAGAUCAGGUCGGCGGUGGAUCUCCUGGAUCUAGUGGAUUUGGUUCUUUUUUUUUUUUUUUUUUUUUUUUUUCUCUCCCCUCACCUUUCGGGUGAUAACGCGCCGGAUUGGACGCAUUUAGUGACGAUGCGCUGAGGAGAAAAAAGCGCGCAGCGUCGUGGGCUUGUGAUCAUCCCUGAGAGCCGCAGUGAAGGCGACGAAUCAGCAUCAGGGAGACCCGUUUGGAAAGGGGGGGAAUCUCGACCCUCCACGGGGGGCGAUAGGUGGAGAGAGAGAGAGAGGGAAAAAAAAAGAGAGCGAGAGAGAAGAAAUCUAAAUUAUGGCCACCUUACUGCGGAAGAUCGGUCUGAUCCGCCUGCACGACCGAGACACGGAGGACCCCAAGCACCACCAAGGCUCCUUGAAGGGCAGCAAAGGGAGCCAGAAGAGCAACAAACACUGCCAGACGGCCAACGAGAGCAACAUCCUCAGCACCCCGGAGAUCAAGGCGAGGAAGCUGGACCAGAACGCCAAGGACAAGGAGAAGGCCAGCAAGGAUGCGAGCAAGGAGAGGCAGCAGCAGCAGCAGCCUCAGCAGACCGGAGGAGGAGGCGGGAAUAAAAGCACCGGCACCGGCACCGGAGCCUCCUCCGUCCCCGCACCGGCGCCGCACCGGCAACACUGCAGCCAAGUGCGCACGCGGCGGCUGAUGAAGGAGCUGCAGGAGAUCCGCCGGCUGGGGGACAACUUCAUCACCGUGGAGCUGGUGGAGGACAACCUGUACGACUGGAACGUCAAGCUGCACCAGGUGGACAAGGACUCCGCGCUGUGGCAGGACAUGAAGGAGACGAGCACCGAGUUCAUCCUGCUCAACGUCACCUUCCCCGACAACUUCCCCUUCUCGCCGCCCUUCAUGCGCGUGCUGACGCCGCGCCUGGAGAACGGCUACGUGCUGGACGGCGGCGCCAUCUGCAUGGAGCUGCUGACCCCCCGCGGAUGGUCCAGCGCCUACACGGUGGAGGCGGUCAUGAGGCAGUUCGCCGCCAGCCUCGUAAAAGGACAGGGACGUAUAUGUCGGAAAGCCGGCAAGUCCAAGAAGGCCUUCAGCCGCAAAGAAGCCGAGGCCACCUUCAAGUCCCUGGUGAAGACCCACGAGAAGUACGGCUGGGUGUCUCCGCCCGUGUCGGACGGCUGAGCGCCACCUUCGCCCGGGCGGGCCUCCACACACACACCACGCUAACUCCACCACCUUUUUUUUUUUCUUCUGCGCUCGCUUUCUUUGGAGCUUUUUUUUUUUUCUGUUUCCUUCACCGCCAGGAAGUGACUUUGUGUUGCCCUCGCUCUCACCCUGGGAGGCUCCUCCCCCGUUUUAGGCGCGGCCUGAGAGGGAGUGUGCACCCGUCUCCCUCGCCAUCUUCCCUCAUCGCCUCAUUUGCAUAGAAAUGAAGCUGUUAAUGUUUCAUCUUUGUCCUCACCUUGGAUGCAACAUGAAGAUUGUACGUGGCGCUCGCUCGCCCACACACACUCUCUCUCUCUUUUUGUCUCUUCGUGGCUAAAUUUAGCGCGCCGGCGUAGAUCUGUAUCAUUUGUAAAGAGGAGGGAAAAAAAGCAGUCACGUGUUGCAUUAUGCAGAGACUUUGUGUCGUGUGUAGAAUCAUCUCUUUGUGUAAGUGUGUGUGUGUGUGUGAGACAUGUAGAUGAAGGCCAAGUGUGUGUGUGUGUGUGAAAAGGGGGUGUGGCCCUUAUUGAAAAGGGAGAAUGAGAGUCCAGGAGUUCCUGCCAACAGCGGGUGUGUAAAACUACCAAAGUGCAGCCAAAUGGGCGGAGCUGGUGCGCACACCUUUUCCCUGAUGGGAGCUCGCCAUUUUCACGUGAAUGUAGGCUCCAGCGCACCACAUGACUGCCCACGGGGGGGGCAUGGGGGGAACACAGCAGGGGGUCGCUUGUGGGAAAUGUCAGAGCAUCCAGGAGAGUAUUCACUGCUUUUUCACGUUUUAUGUUCCAAGACGUAUUCCACAAUGGACUAAAUUCAUUUUUGUCCUCAAAAUUCGACACAAAAUACCCCAUAAUGACACAGAAGGUGUUGCAAAUGUUUUAAAAAAUAUACCAAAAUGAGGAUCAUAAGUAUUCACAAUAGUCAAACAAAAUAUUUUUUUAUUAAAUCGCAAUUAUUUGAUUA